UUGGAUCUCCUCAUCUCCACCCUCGCCUUGUACACUACGGUUCGGUGCUCUGGCUGAAUCACACGUGUUGCGAUGUUGUCAUACCAAUACCUUCUCGUCUUCUUCGUUCUUCCUCUGGCUGCAGUCGCUGCACCGUCACCCUCUGUCUCCCCUGUGUCGGCGUGCAGGUCCUCCUUCUACCCCAAGCUGUGCCGCGCCGUCCUGUCGCCGUUGCGGUUCCCGUCGAACCAGUACGAGUACGGCCGGUACUCCGUCAAGCAGGCGCUCAAGCGGGCCCGCCGGACCGCUGCCCUGUUCGACCGCUACAUCUCCGGUGCCGCGGGCGGUGGUCGGGCUCGCCGAGGCGUGAGUGGCGGGGCACUCGAGGACUGCCGCGCGCUGGCCAGCCUCAAUGCGGACUAUCUGAAGGCGGUGCAGGCGGAGCUGGGCCCGCGGGAGGCGGCGCUUGGCGCGGCCGCGGUUGGGCGGGUGAGGGCGCUGAUGAGCGCCGUGGUGACCAACCAGCAGACGUGCUACGACGGGCUGGAGGUCUCCCGCACCUUCCCCGAGCUGCGCGGCGCCCUCGCGGACGAGACACGGCUGUACGGGGUGUCGCUCGGGUUGGUCACCACCGCGUUGGACCGGAGCGGAAACCGCGGGCAUGGGAAGAGCACCGAAACCGACGAGCGCACAGGGUCUACCGGUGGUCAAAGAUCGCCGCCGGCUGAUUUCCCGGCGAUUGGGAGGAACCUUCUCGAAGAGAGCGGCGAGGUCGUGCCUGUAAACCAAUCACAGUCGGUGAAGGUAACCAAGGAUGGCAGUGGGAACUUCACAACCGUGGGAGAUGCCGUCGCGUUCGCUCCGAACAACACAGCCAUCGAAGAUGGCUACUUCGCCAUCUACAUAGAGGAAGGGGUUUACAGCGAGAACGUGGUGGUUCCCAAGAACAAGAAGAACCUGAUCUUGAUUGGAGUAGGGAUCAACAGGACCAUAAUUACCUCGAAUCGCAGCGUAGUCGACGGAUGGACUACCUUCGCCUCUGCUACAUUCGUGGUGCACGGUGAGCGAUUCAUAGCCAUCGACAUCACCUUCGAGAACACGGCUGGGCCGGAGAAGCACCAGGCGGUGGCGGUGCGGAACAGUGCCGACCUCUCCAGCUUCUACCGCUGCAGCUUCCUGGGCUACCAGGACACGCUCUACGUGCACUCCCUCCGCCAGUUCUACCGCGACUGCGACGUCUACGGCACCGUCGACUUCAUCUUCGGCAACGCCGCCUCCGUCUUCCAGAACUGCAACAUCUACGCGCGCAAGCCGCUCCCGGGCCAGGUCAACGCCGUCACGGCGCAGGGGCGCACCAUGCCGGACCAGACCACCGGCAUCUCCAUCCACAAUUGCACCGUCCGCGCCGCGCCCGACCUCGAGGCAGCGGAUCGUAACUUCACCAAGACCUUCCUCGGCCGGCCGUGGAAGGAGUACUCGAGGACGGUGUACAUGCAGUCGUUCAUCGACGGGGUGAUCGAGCCGGUGGGGUGGCUAGAGUGGAGCGGCAGCUUCGCGCUGACCACAUUGUACUACGGGGAGUUCGACAACCAUGGCCCCGGGGCCAAUACCAGUGGAAGAGUGCAAUGGCCAGGGUACAGCCUGAUGAAUGCCAUGGACGCAUUGAACUUUACCGUGUAUAAUUUCACCACAGCAGACGCUUGGUUGUCGUCCACCUCCAUUCCUUACUCUGGCGGGUUGCUCUAGAGAGAGAGGAGUUAGAAGAAAGUGUUCUUAGGUUGACCACUGAUUACAUCAACUCUAAUUCAUCAUAUAGAUUGCU